UUCGUCAACAGAUCACAGGCUGACAGCAAUGAUGAUGGUCGGUCCGACUGGGCGUGCGGCCGUGGCGACAACUCUUCUCACUUUGAUCGUUCUGCAAGCAUCUGGAGCUAUCAUCAUGACUGGGGUGUGCGAAAAUGAUAUGGAGUGCAUUGUGGGGCGAGGUCAAGGGUCAUGCUGUGCGUCCUUCGUCACAUCCGGGAUACUUUCAGGAAUUCCUGUCUGCAAACCGCCCGCUGCUGAAGGGGACGACUGUCACCUCCUCCUUGAGGCGUUCGUCCCGUACCCCCACACCAGUCCGCGGUACUACUGGCAGUGUCCGUGCGGGCCGGGGCUGAGAUGUCUGCCUGUCAAACGCGGUGACGUCAUCGGCAAAUGCUGGGGACCCGGGCGUGGGUGACCGGGCAAAUUUGUAACCAGAGUCUUGGAAAUUAUAUCAUUCGAAAUGUAACAGUAACGUAUUCAAAUGUAAUUUCCCAACAAUUACAGUCAUUUGUCGACAAAACGACACCCGUUGCUAUCAAGGAAUGGGCAAAUAAUCCACUGCAUUUAUGAUGUCACAUCAUGCAGAAAAUGACAAAUAAAUCCUAUUUGAUAUAGAAUUCGACCAACACAGAUCUAGAUGUACUUCAAGAUUAAUUUUUCUUAGUUUGCGGACAUUUCCGUUACAUAUCCUGCCUAGCUACUUUUCAACACGAACCUCAACCUUUGUAGUUGACAUGUCAGCUCUGAUGUUAUGGGGCCACUGUUUUAGCACCCUCUUAUCACAAAAAUAUAGUUAGGCCACAGCAAGUAAAUUUUAUGAAUGACAUCAGAGCGCUCAUUACUUUGAAUCUGAAAAAAAAUUGCUCCCCAUACGAACAUUGUCAACAUGACGAGAAGGUACAAUAUGAAUGGGACAAUGUAUUGCGUGGUAGCCUGGAUUGUAUUACACUGUACAGGUGACACAAUUGAGGUAUAACACUAGUUCACCUUUAUUCGUGGGGUAACCUUUAUCCGUUGUAUUUAACACCAGGGUAUUUUAGGAUAUCAAGUCGACGGACGGUGGUCUCAAACUGCAUUAUAUUGAAAAAAAUGCAAGUUGAAACCACCGUUCAUCAACGUGAUAUCCCUAAAUAUCCUGUUUUGGGGUACAACGGAUAUAGGUGAACUAACGUUACAUGUAGGCAUGAAAAGAGUUAUAGAUCCUGAUGUAAAACUAGUUCUAUAUGACAAGUGGGAACAAUUGUAGCCUUGACGGUGGUUGUUAACUUUGUGAAACAGAAUUGUUGCUUUGAAUACAGAAAUAAAAGACUUCUUGGCUGUGAA